AUGCAGGAACACUGGCUGAUGGCACUCUGCGUUUACAGUUACACUGGUUCUAAUAUUGUCGCCGAUGUUGCUUAUGAUAUAUUCACCAGCUAUUCUCCUGGGGGCUCUACGGCAUAUGAGAUAAUGAUCUGGCUUGCUGCUAUUGGCGGUGCUGGCCCAAUAAGCAGCACGGGUUCACCAAUCGCUACAGUCACAAUUGCUGGCACUUCUUGGGACCUCUUCAAAGGCCCGAAUGGGGCUUCGACUGUCUUCAGCUUCGUCGCUCGCAGCGAGCAGACUUCAUUCAAUGCCGACAUUCUCGAAUUUUUCAAGUACUUGAUUCAGGGCCAGGGCUUGCCCUCCAGCCAGUAUGUGAGCGGCAUCGCUGCUGGGACCGAGCCAUUCAUUGGAUCGAAUGCUCAGUUAACAACUGGUGAGUAUGUCAUUACAGUCAACUAA